ACAAUUUGAGACGUCUUAUUUAUAAGUUUUAAGGGAGACGAUGGAUUUAUGUAACGCAUCCUAUCGCCAAGGGUCCUCUAUUUUGAGACUAAAUAGAUCUCAUGGGAGUGUUUGGAAAACCCAUAUCGCUUUGAGACGUUUCCCAAUGGACUCAAUGAGGGCCUUGGUAGCUUUUCAAAGGCACCGGAUCUCUCAGCUCAGUCACCCCCCAAGGAUACUCCAGUCCCAAACGAGCCCAGCAGAAGAUAUACGAUUUGGUGACAAGUACCCCGCAUUCUCCGGCAUCGCAGAGCACAUGGCGGCUAUCUUCAAAGAAGACUACCUCGCAGGAUUCUUCGCUGGCGAACUGCCUUGGGCAUUACUCUGGCGUGUAGAAAAUUGGUUUAGACAUUUCAAAUGUUAGGGUCGAUCUUGUAGACCCAAGCAAUCCGUUUGGCCAACUGCGGUACGCCGAGCUCGUGGUCAACGCUAGAAUGAUUGGUGUGAUUGGGAGACUGAUUUGGACAUCAGUAAAAU